CCUGUCUUGAUAUCCUACCACAGUGCCUUGUGAGCCUCUCUUCACCGUCCGUAAGGUUGAACAGACCGGGUCCACUUUACAUUUUGCUUAAUGGCAUUAUCUGGAAGCGCACGUCGUCUACCCAUGGGUGUGCGGACAUUUAGCGAGUUCCUCGAAAUUGCUACCGUCAGCCCGAGCCGGGCUUGUCGCACGAGAGGGUCCGGAGAACGGAUGAAACAUCCCGUAAGGCACUUGGCAUCAUGUGGCAUUUUGAUGACCAGGACUCCCAGAAUACUCUGCUCCAACAAAAUGGAGCUGACUCCCACGCAUCACAGAAGGACCUUCAUCAAUCUGACCAAUAAAAGGAAAGAGUAUUCAGAGAGAAGGAUUCUGGGGUAUUCGAUGCGUGAAAUGUAUGAUGUGGUGGCUAAUGUUGACGAGUACAAAGACUUUGUGCCUUGGUGUAAGAAGUCCCAGAUCAUCCUGAAGAGGUCUGGCCAUGCCAGAGCCCAGCUGGAGGUGGGCUUUUCCCCCGUAGUGGAGCGAUACACGUCCAUGAUCACUCAUGUACGUCCCCACCUUGUUAAGGCGGUCUGCACAGAUGGCAAACUUUUUAAUCACCUGGAGACGAUUUGGCGCUUCAGUCCUGGCAUUCCUGGUUACCCCCGCACCUGCACAGUUGACUUCUCUAUCUCAUUUGAGUUCCGCUCUUUGCUGCACUCUCAGUUGGCGACAGUCUUCUUUGAUGAGGUGGUGAAGCAGAUGGUCGCAGCGUUUGGACGGAGAGCGUUCACACUUUACGGUCCUGAAACCCGUAUCCCGCGUGAGCUCAUGUUUCACGAGGUCCAUCAAACGUGACAGCUCCCUGCUGCAAGAACACCACUUAGCUCCCCUGUGUGUCUGUGUAUGUGUGUGUUUGUUUCUUGUGUUUGUCUGUGUGUGUGUGGCCCCUCUCCUUAGCUCUCCUGCAGAUUCUCAGCCUUUAGGUCAGCUGUCUGCACAAAUCUCAUUUAUGGAUCACGGAUUUCUCACAGACUGUUCCAUAAUGAUGUCUUAUCAUCACUCUGCCUUGUUUUGGAAAAGCACCAAGUUUUGAACAGAGCUACCUCUAGACACGGGUUAGAGCUGCAGCCGGGGGCCCAGCGCUGCUGCUCAGUUACAUACAAACACAA